AGACUGCAACAUGGAAAACAGGCCCAUAAACAGAGAAGGUUGCAAAAGACCAGGAAACAGAUUCAUCAGUCAAGUAGUAUGGCUAAACCCAAAACUCAAGACAGUACGCAGUGGAGCCAGAUAGCAACAGUAGCGGCUAUGUUCCACUUCUUCCGAAAGCCUCCAGAAUCCAAAAAGCCCUCCGUAUCGGAGCCAGAAGCAGAUGGAUUUGUCCUCUUAGGAGAUACAGCUAAGGAAAUGAGAUGUAAACCCUCCGAAGCAGAGGGCAGCCAGUCUUUGGAGACUGGCAAAGCAGACACAUCCAGUGUGGCUGUAGCAGGCCCCGAGACAGAAAAUCAGGCAGGCCGGACUCUGGAGAACACCUCCCAGACAGCUGAACUCCUGAGUGACGUGCCCUUCACCUUGGCCCCACAUGUGCUGGCAGUGCAGGGCACCAUCAGCGACCUUCCUGACCACCUGCUCUCGUAUGAUGUUAGCGACAACUUGUCCCGAUUCUGGUAUGAUUUCACUCUUGAGAAUUCAGUACUCUGUGACUCGUAGUCUUUGUGGUCAUGCACACUUUAACAGCUUUAACAAAAACUAGUUUGCCUAUUUUAUUGAACCUGUUCCUUGUCUUUUCAACCUUAAUGCCUUGAGGCAAGCAGAGGUCAUAAAUAAGUAAGAUGACAUCAUAUUCAUAGUUUUAUUCUUCAGAAUAAAGUAAAUUUAUAUAAAAAUUAUAAUCAACAAUUUAAUAAAGGGAACUCACUUUGGAAAAAAGUAAGAAGUUAGACCACCCGUGUCUCCCCAUCUGGUAGAGGGAAAAGUGACGCUGUUGAGAUUAUGUGGGAGGUGCAGGGUGUUUUUGCUCUCUCUGAAGACAACACAGGAAGAGAAAGAAGGCUUUCCCCUGGUUACCGAGACUCCGUGAUCUGAGCCAAGAGCGAGUGCUUCUGGGGUUCAGCAGAGGUUGUCCUGUUACUCCCUUAACACAUCCCACGGUGUUUGGGAAUGAGGUCAAAAGGCAGCUUCCAGUUAACGUAAUCUUUUCAGUGUCCGUUUAGACAAACCCAUAUGGAAACCUGAAACUUUUCGUAAAUAUCAGCAACUCUGCUGAUUCAGGAAUGCCGUGAAGGGGGGGGGGGGAUGCUGUGGUGUGCUUAGACCCCUGUGACCCUCUCCACCCUCCUAAAGGAUGUUACUGCGUUCCCUCCUGGUUCCCCUCUCAUCCCCUCUGGGUAUUCUUGGA